AUGUCGUUCAAGAGAUUGGUUCGUUUUGCCCACGACGGCGCUGCACGUUACGGCGAUCUCGUGGAAGCCAUAAAUGGAUCUUACAAAGUACGACUGCUGAGCGGAUCGGUGACGAGCGGUUUCCAGCCAGAAUCCGAGCAAGUCAUCACGGUUGAGAAAUUGCUUUGUCCACUCGAAAAGACGCCUAUCAUACAAUGUAUUGGUCUCAACUACCGGAAGCACGCCGAGGAAGCCUCGCUCCAAGUUCCCCCAUUCCCAGUUGUCUUCACUAAACCUGCCGAUGCUUUGGCUGGUCCUGACGAGGAAAUUCCGAUAUGCCCCGACGCUCAAAAAAUGCUCGACUUCGAAGGUGAGUUGACAGUGGUCGUGGGCAAAGACGUCAAGAACCUGCCCGAGGAUUUCGACUUGGCUGAAGUCGUGCUCGGCUACACCAUUGGCAACGACGUGUCGGCGCGAAACUACCAAUUACCAGAUGUCAGUGGCGGACAGUUCUGCUACGCCAAGUCCUUCGACAAGUUUGCGCCCAUAGGACCGUGGAUCACCAGUCCAACUGUCAUUCCGGACCCCCACGCGCUGAGCUACACGACCAAAGUCAACGGCGAGACGUUCCAGAGCACCGGAACCGAUGACAUGAUUUGGUCCGUCAAGCAGAUCUUGCACCAUCUGAGUCGAGGUACCACACUCCGAGCAGGCACAGUCAUCAUGACCGGAACGCCAUCCGGGGUAGGCAUAUUCCGAAAGGUUUUCUUAAAGGACGGAGAUGUGGUCGAGGUCGAGAUUGCCGGAGAGAUGAAGCUUGUCAACACCAUGAAAUUUGAGUAA